CGUGGAUUUUCAUUGAGGCAGUCAGUGCUGCCAAAAACACACAUUAACCAACGUCUCAGAGCUCUCACACCAACUUUAUUCACAUUUAGAAGUUGGGACCAGUCGUUUUAUUUCCUUCGUUUGUCACACUUCAGCGCAGUUUUGUCACCGCUGUGAUAACAGUGUGUCAGCGCAGACUCCAGGAUGAGCAAAAACAACAAAGCGUUGAACCUGAGGGACAAAAUCAGCGGUAAUGAAGUGGACCUGAGCCUGUGUAACCUCACCGAGGUGCCAGUCAGAGAGCUGGCUUUAUUCACCAAAGCAACUGUUGUGGACUUGUCUUGCAACAACAUUACCUCCCUCCCUCCAGAGUUCUGCAACCUGACCCACCUGGUGAAGGUGGAUCUGAGUAAAAACCAGCUGACCUGUCUGCCAGAUGACGUGGGGAACCUGACCAGCCUUCAACAUCUGGACCUGUACAACAACAAGCUGACUGUGCUACCUGUCAGCUUCUCUCAGCUCAGGGCUCUGAAGUGGUUGGAUCUGAAGGAUAACCCGCUGGAGGCCAGCCUGGCCAAGGCAGCAGGAGACUGUCUGGAUGAGAAGCAGUGCAAACAGUGUGCCUCCAAGGUUUUGCAGCACAUGAGAGGUCUUCAGGAUGAGGUCGAUCGUGCACGAGAGAAACGCCUCUUGAGGGAAAAAGAGCUGGAAAGAAAGCGGGAGGUGAAGCAGAGGGAGCGGGAGGCCAGAGAGAAGGAGGCACGUAAACGGGAGAAAGCGGAGGAGAAGGAGAAAAGAAGGAAAGAGUACAACGCUCAGAUGGCAGCUGUGGCUGCACGGGAACAACAGAAGAAGAAGAGUGAGGAUAAGAAGAAGAAAAAUGGACAAGCAGCAGCAGAUAAAAAGGUCGUUGAGGAAUCAGCACCUAAACCCCGACGCUCUCUCAUUGGCCUGAUGUUCAAGCUCCUUCUCCUGCUGCUCCUGGGAUUGGCCGGAGUUGCCGCUGCCUGCCGACUGACCGACUUGCAGAAGGAAGCUGUGUGUGUGCCAGUCAAUGUUGCCCUGGAUGACAGCCUAUCCUGGGCCAUAGAGCAGGAGGGCGUGGUCAGACAACUGGUGCAGAAUCUGUCAUCUGCAGCAAAGCAGUUCCUUGAAUCCACACAAGCGCCUAAGAACUAAACUCUCUCAUCUGCCGCCAUCAACUUCCAGAGCUACAGGUUUUCCACUCCCACCUGUGAAUCCUGGGAUUUUUUUUUUUAUGCUGAAGUCAUGAAUCUCAUUAAUAUGGGCAAGGCUGCGUCCCCUCACCCUGUCUGUGGUGGUGGGAGGUGAAGAGUCUGUACAGAUGGACAAAGGGGGAUGGACAGAUGUGUUCAAAUCAUCUUAGAUUCCUAUGGAAUUGUUGUCGCUCUUGUACCCUCUUUGUACUACAGCCUGUUUUUAAAAAAAAAAAUCAUCGUCUUAAAUGUCUCCCCUUCGACCAUGUUCUGCACUUUAACCAGGUUUAUGUGUAGGUGCAUGACGUGGAGCGCGGGUUGUAUUUAAGAGGUGUUCAGUGAAAUGUCAGGUGGCCCUGUCUGUGCUGCACUAGAGCGUCGAGUCACAUGUUAACUGCCAGUCAGAGUUGUACAUAAGCUGGUGUCAGAUGUGGCAGUCUGAGCAUGUGCAGUGAAGGCUGUGUGAAUGUAGAGCUCACCCGUCUGUGGCCUCCUCUGUCCAUAAAGUCUUACAUCAGUCAAACAAGCUCAAUCUCACAACGUCUGGCAUGCAAACUAGAGCCCAACUGAUACAUGAGCAUCUCUGUCAUAUCACACAUAUAACAGCAUCCAGCACAAAUCGGCUAACCUACAGCACUACAGAAAUGCCAAAGAUAUGUUCGAGGUCAUUCAAAGGUCCAGUUUGUAGGAUUUGGGGCGAUAUGUUGGCAGAAAUGGAACACAAUAUAAUAAAUGUUUUCUUUGAGUGAAUAAUCACCUGAAAAUAAUAAUCAUGUUUCUGUUGAAUGAGCUGUUUAUAUCUACCUAGGGAGCGUUUCCUCGUUUAUGGAGACCACCAUGUUUCUACAGUAGCCCAGAGCAGAUAAACCAAACACUGUCUCGAGAUCGGGCGAUUGCGUUCAGGUCGGCCACCGUAGUUAGAAGCCCAUCUGUGAUGAGAGGUGAAGAGGGGAAAAAAUGAAUCAAUGACAUGAAACUGCUUUUUUCAGUGUUUUUGCCAGUUUAAAUCAAAUUUAAAAAAAAGAAAAGGUGAGCAUGUGACAGCAGGUGCUGCGCUAGCGGCCCUCCUCACUAGUUAGAAAUUCAUCUGAUUAGCAGUGACGGAAAAAUGCUAAAUUGUUCUUGAAACUUCUUUAUUAAGUGUUUUUAUCAGUUUAAAUCACUGGACGCGCUUGUUUUGGAGAGGAAAAGACCUCUGCUGAUUAUUUGAACUAUAAACACUGAAGGAAUUCUAACCGGGUGAAGUUUCAGCUGGUUACAGUCUGCAAUCCUCGCCACUAGGUGCCACUAAAUCCCCCUAAAUCUCACACACUGGACCUUUAAAAACUGUUGUCUUUACAUAGUUUGUUCAGCAGAGAGCAAAAUUUACAAAUGUAGUUAUUUAUUAUUUUAUUUUAUUAUUAUUUCAAUAGAUUAAUUGACUCUCUAAUUUAAGAAAAAAAAAAUUAACAUAACAGCCAAUAAAUCAUCUGAUUUAACACAAUUAUUUAUCUGUAUUGGCCUCAAAAAUCAGGUAUCAGUAGGGCUCUAGUGUACCCCCUCCGCUCCGCUCCCCACUGCGCAAACUAUAUUAAAAGGACCAUACCAACAGUUUUGCUUGUGUUCGUCCCAUUGAUAGAAAUUCUGUCUACAUGACAGAUACCCAGUUUUACAAAUCAGGCUGUUGUGUGUGAAAUAUUUGAACACAUUUUUCCUUCUUUCCCUACACUUACUGGUUUCCAUUCAUUCCCAUUACAGUCUGAAAAGUUAUAAGACUCUUGGAGACGUUCUAAAAAUUAAUACGAGACAUUUCAACUUAAAUCUGCAGUUAAACAGUAAACAAAAAUACUGGAGCUUCAACACUAAUAUAUCCAGACUUGAUGUUCACUGUGGUGGAUCACUGGAUUACACACCUAAUUUUUAAUACUACACAGACUAAAUGGAAACCAGUUGCUGCAUGGAAGGCAGGACAAGUACAAAAAUAGCAGUAAAAGUUAUCUGUAAUAAAUUAAACAUGUUUUGUUGUUAAAGGGGGUAUCACUUGUAAAAAUGGUGGUAUGGUCCUUUUUUUCAAAAGUGCAGUGGUUUCAGUAUUUAACUUCACUUUCCCCAAAUCAUCUGUUAUAAUAAGGACCAACGGUUGAUAUUAAACUAACAAUCCAAAGUCUGUAAUGCCUUUCUUCUUGUAAUCUGUUAACUGUUCAUGAAGAGAAACCGGCCAAAUAUUUUACGGUUGUUUCAGAUAACCUGACGACUCUUGAAAUGCAACUUGUUUUCCCUGUCUGGGCGUCCGCCUCUGCUGCUGUGGUUCAUGUACAGCUUUGUCCACGCUCUAAAACACUGUCAGCGUUAAUAAAUGGCUAUGCACUGCAAAAGA